GCGGAACGUUAGUUUAGUGUUGUUGCUUGUUAGUGUUGCUUCAAGCCACGCUUCCUGUAUAUAGUUUGUAAAAUUCUUCCGUCUUGUAUGUCCUUGGACCACUAGAAGCCCACCAUGAGCGUUGGGACCUGGAGCCUGAGAGCCAUCCUCCUCUUGGGAAUCUGUCACAGCGCCAUGAGAACUUCAGCCUCCACUCCAGAGCUGCAUGUGCCACCCACCAACAUUGCUGUGGUGGGAGCAGGUAUCGGCGGUGCGGCCGCGGCGUUCUACCUGAGACAGGAGUUUGGACCCACGGUCAAGAUAGACGUAUUUGAACCCGCCGAUGUCGGCGGGCGACUGGCGACGGUGGAGAUGGCAAAUCAGGAAUAUGAGACUGGAGGUGUGGUGAUCCAUCCCCUCAACCUCCACAUGAAGUACUUCGUUGACAAAUUGGGCAUCUCUGUGCGUCAGGACGUCCUGUCGAAAAAGGCAGUCUUCGACGGCAGCGAGCUCACUUUCGAGGAGAGCGACUGGUUCAUUGUAAACUUCUUACGCAUGCUGUGGCGCUAUGGGCUCAACUAUCUGUUCAUGCAGAUGUGGGUGGAGAGUGUCAUGGAUAAAUUCAUGAGAAUCUACCAGUACCAGCAGUACGCUUACUCCUUCACGAGCAUGGAGAGGCUCCUGCAUGCCAUGGGCGGGGAUGACUUCCUCAGCCUCGUGAAUCACACGCUGGAGGAAACCAUGAGGGCCGAAGGAUUUGCGCAGGUCUUCCUCAAUGACGUGGUGGCUCCCCUGACGCGCCUGACUUACGGCCAAAGUGUCCGCAUCAACGCCCUCGCGGGGGCUGUGUCACUGGCGGGAGCUGACUCGGGCUUGUGGGCGGUCGAUGGAGGCAACAAAAGAGUUUGCUCUGGACUUUUUUACCACAGCAAGAGUGAACUCAUCCGAGCCAGGGUGACCGACAUUUCGUUCAAAGUUCGCCCGUCCAAGACAGGGCCCUCCACCGGCUUCUAUGAGGUCAGUUACGUCGGAGAGACUGGCGCGGGGCACUCGAUGUAUGACAUUGUUGUCAUAGCAACCCCGCUUCAUCAGGGCAAGUCUGACAUCUCCUUCUCAGGUUUGUCUUCACCAAUGGUGUCCCAGUUCCCCGGCAUCUACCACCAGGUUUUUUCAAUUCUGGUCCACGGCGUUCUCAACACAUCCUACCUGGGAGUCACGCGGCCGGCCUCCGAGUUCACGGUGUCGGAGGUUCUCACCGCAGACUCCAAAGACAACGUCAUGUACAGUUUGACUUCCGUCGACCCGGUUCACAUCCCGCCCGGCUACAGCCGACCUCCCGCCAGCCACAGCAAAGUAUGGAAAGUGUUUUCUCCUCGAGCGCUGGACCAGGAGGACCUCCGACGUAUGUUCCUCUCGUGGGAUUCGGUGUCGCAGACUCCGUGGUUGGCCUACCCCGCUUACCGCCCCCCGCAGCGCCAGACCCCGCCCUUCAUCCUGCACAGCCGACUCUAUUACCUCAGCGCCGUGGAGUGGGCGGCCAGCUCCAUGGAGAUGAGCGCCAUCUCAGCCAGGAACGCGGCGCUGCUGGCCCACCACCGCUGGCACAAGCAGACGGGCCGGAUCGACCAGGAGGACCUGCACACGCGCCUGCGGGGGGAGCUCUGAAGCGCUUAGGUCCGGUCCAAAAAGAUCAGGUAUUUGGGUUCUAUCAGGGUAAGCGCAGCUGUCGCUUCCAGAUGAACUGCAAGUCUGCAGAGAGUCUCACACAAAGUACGGCUCCGUUCUUUCAUCAGGUUCGCCACGCUUUUACAUGAUCAGGAGUCCUGUAGUAGUUGUUGCAUUAAUUUCCUCAAAUUGGCUAACUAAAAUGUCAUUCCAUGACUCAGCGAGUCAUUUCUAAUUUUUAAUUAAAUAAUUGAUUUAUUGUAAUAAAAUACAAAACUACUGGUAAAAUAAACUAGUUCUGAUUUUAACUUUAACUUUUUAUUUUAUUUAUCUUGUUAAAUGAUUGGGUGGAAAGAUAGGUGAGUGGUUAGCACAUCCGCUUCACAGUUCUGAGGUUGGGACUUUGAAUCCAGGCUCUGGCCUUCCUGUACGGUUGUAGCAUGUUCUCCCUGGGCAGUCAGCUGGGAUAGGCUCCAGCACACUUGCGACCAUGGUGAAGAUGAGCGGGAUCAAUUGAAUUAUUUUACACAUUUUACAUACACGUAUUUUUUAUUUUAAUUUAUUUUAUUUUAUUUUAUUUUCCAUCCAUUUGUUUUAGAAAUAAAAUGAGCAAAAAAGCUAGCCCACCCCUGAGCACACACAACGUGACUCUCGGCCACAAAAACAUUCACUUGAUGUAAAACGACCUCAUACUUUUAAAAAAAUAAAUAAGUCAUGGUUUAGGAAUAAAUUUAAGUAGAAAUGAUCUGUUCCGUUGUUAAAAUCUAACCGCAAAACGUUUAUUAGGUUUACAGGAAAUGUUUUAAGUUACUUUUUGACCUUGCAUACAACUAAAAAUACUGUAAUUAAACCAGUGUUAAUGGGGGGAAAUGUAAAAGCAAUGAAACACUUCUGGCCAUAGAUGGACCUCACGCAUCCAAAAGUCAUUGUCCAUCCAUCCAAUUGCCUAUAGCGCUUGCCAGCCAAUCAUAGGGCGCAUACACUCAAACAUUCACACUCACAUUCAACCUAUAGACAAUUGACGGUCUUUGAGGAACCUACCAUGCAUGUUUUUGGAAUGUGGGAGGAAGCUGGAGUACCUGGAGUAAACCCACACGAGCACUGGGAGAGCAUGAAAACUCCACACACAAAGACCGGAGCCAAGAUUCGAACCCUGAAGCUCAGAACUGUGAGGCAGACAUGACGUGCUAACCACCAAAGUGGUGCCCUAAUAAGUCAAUGGCUUUUUUUCAAAUAAAAUAAAAUGACUCAACGUUUGGUAAUGCCUGACAUGGAGGGUGCAGACCCAAGUAAGAGAUUGCCGAAGGCCAAAUGAUGUACCGAACUCCCCUUUAAUACGGGCGUCACGUGCCGAAUGUUUAGAGAGAUUAUCUUCACAUAAACACUAAGCAGAGCUGACUUUUGCAGUCUGCGUUCCAAUCUUUUAUUUUUAUUGUUGCUGUAGUAUUGUACGGAGCAGCCAGGACAGAGAUGUCCAUACUGCAAUAAUUGUUCGAUAUCUGAUUCACAUUUUGUUCCCCUCUUUGCUAUCACUCGUGCCCUUCUAUGGUGGCAGCACAAAAAAACAGGUGCAGGUAAUUCUUCAGAUGCUUACUAAACUGAAGACAAAAUGUGCAUCUUAUUGUGCAGCUUUAAAAGAGACAUAUUAUACAUGUUGUGCAAUAUUUUUUUUGUCUUUGACAUUCUUCCACUAAAUAUCCACUUAUCAUCCUCUGGUUCAAGUCAUUCAGGUUUGGUGGGGCUGUUCUGUCUCGUAUAAAUGCAGAGUACGGCUUUCGUUACCAUGAAGGCUGCGAGCGGAGCUAGGGUGUUGCGACGACCCGAGCGGCUACUCACAGCUCAUAGCUUGCCGAUUUCGUCGUCGUUUUUCUCGACUUUUCCGACCCCUUUCGAAACUACUUGUCAAAAUUGCAAGUAGUAACAAAUCUUGUGAAUUUUAGUAAUCACGGAGACUUCAGAGUGGAAGAUGUUCACCCCACAUCAUCCACCUUGAGCGAAGCCACCACUGACUAAUCUAAUUUAGUGCUUCCUUUUCGUGCGCCGCUGGACUUCAGUCGUCGCUUGGCAAAGGUUGAUCUCGGAGGCCCACUGCUCUGUAACGGGGCAGAAGUGCACAACUCACAGACAAAUGUUCCGAAAUAGGCAGAUGACAAAAAAUGUAUUUGAUUGUUUAACUUCACACUGGAUAGGUGGGCCGGCACUCCAGAGACCCAAUUAUUUGUUUAUAAGACAUUAAGGAAGUCACUUUUCCAAAUUCCUAACUGUCAGGUUGAACUUGAACUGUACCACUUUGGAGGUGCCGCCAUACACAUUUUCGUUGUGUCACGAUAACCUCGCUCUCUUUUGAAAUCAGCCGCACGAUACUCGAAGGCAUGUUUGCCGGAAUCAAUAAGCACCCAUCCUUGAUUCGUACGGGUGUAACCACAUUGCACUAAGAUGAAUCCCAAUUCAAGUAAUCGUUGAUGUGUCACCAACACACAUACUUUUUGUGUGUCGUAGUUGUGACAGUUCGUCAGGUACGCCUACACAAACUAAUUCGAUUAGAACAGUAUGAUCCAAUACAAGAGUUGGUUUUUCUGAGAUUCUGCCUUCGUAUUGAUAAUCAGAAUCAGAAUCAGAAUUAUCUUUAUUUGCCAAGUAUGUCCAAAACACACAAGGAAUUGGUCUCCGGUAGUUGGAGCCGCUCUAGUACAACAGACAGUCAAUUUACAGAACAUUUGGAGACCUAAAGACAUUGACAAAAAACAAUUGUGCAAAAAGAUGCAGAGUCCUCUAGCACUUAGAGCAGUUCGAAUGACUAAUAUUGCAAUAGUCCGGUGCAAUGACCAUUGUGCAAAGAGCGCUGAGACUUCAAGGAGUGUAUGCGGUUUAAAGUGACGAGUAGUGCGAUCAUCUGGGACAAUGUUGGUUGUGCAAAUGUUACAGAUACUCCUCAAUCAGUGUGCAAAUGGAGCAGAUGCUACUCUGGCAUGAGUGGCCAGUAUAUGCAAAUAGUGCAGCAUGGCGAGACAACUACAGUGAGUGCACGAGUAAUACAUAAUUGGCCCCACAGAAAUGUGACAACGAACUCAAGUCAUAAUAAUGGUCAGUAUUGAUUGAGAGACAUUUAUUCCAUGUAGAUUAUUGUGGUUGUUGUUUACAUCGAUGUCAAAGUGUUCUACAUCACUACUACUGAGGGGUGUUGCUAUUUACACUCAGCUUGGAUUGGAUUGUGCAUGUAUCACUAUGUAAUGUAAGAUAAUUGCCCUUAUUGUCCCCUCUUUAUACUUGUAAUUGUUUAAAUGUUUGUUAAUGAUCAAAUCUUCCUUGGUCCCACCUCCUGAACAGACUCUUAUAGAUUUCUUUUUAGACAUGAAAAAGGGUAAAGAUACAAAUGUUUAAAAAGAUCUUUGAUCAUACCAUUAGGAGAACAACCAUGCUGGUAUAACUAGAAUCCUGCUACCAGGGACCAUCAUAAGGGAGGAAAAUGUUUGAAAUGGGUCAGAUUUGAUUAUUUCAUAUAUGCCAUUUUGUACUUUUUCUUUUUACGUAUUGGCAACUAUAUUUUGAAAUAGAACCUUGUCCUAAAGUACGUUCAAAGGGGCUAAUUGUGCGCUUUAAUUGACAGAAUCAAACAGACAAGAAAUCAAACAUAAUCCAAGAAAUCAAACAUUUGGGAGCACAGCUUAGUUUUUUUUGUUUUUUUUAUUUGAAAGGAUAAGCGGUAAAGAAAACGGAUGGAUGGAUGACACUGUUUAUGAUGGAAACAUUUUCUACUGUGAUUUUGUGUUUCGUAAUAAUCAUUGCGCAAAGUCCCUUGUACUGAUGUGUCUAAAUGGAUGUAUUUUGUGCCUGAGCGGCAUUGUGAGCCGUCACUCAUCGGCCAAAUGAAAUCUGAAUUAUUAUUAUUUUAAAGGGAAUAAACAUUGUCUUCACUUGUCAA